UCUGUGUCUCUCAUCACAGGGGAAGCCUGGGAGUGGCAGGAAGGAGGAGAACUAGAGGACAAAGAGGACGACAGAGGGGGAAGCAGCUCAUUGAGAAUUUCCCUAAAUAUUACGCCACAUCUCUGCCUUUACGACAGCAGCAUGGCUGAAGGCUCGGUGUCCACAGCAGAGGUGGAGAGCUCCUUCCAGAAGUUUGCCAUCCAUGGAGACACCAAAGCUACGGGGAAGGAGAUGAAUGGCAAAAACUUUGCAAAGCUUUGCAAAGACUGCCUCAUCAUCGACGGCAAGAACGUCACCACCACUGAUGUUGAUAUAGUUUUCAGCAAAGUCAAGGCAAAGUCUGCUCGUGUGAUUACAUUUGAGCAGUUCAACCAGGCCCUGACUGAGUUGGCUUUGAAGCGUUUUAAAGGGAAGAGCAAAGAGGAGGCACUUCAGCAGAUCUAUGGGCUCCUUGUUGGGAAGGAACCUGCCAAUGCCGGCAUCACCAAAGCGGCGAAGGCAGCAGCGGUGGACAGGCUGACUGAUACAACCAAGUACACCGGUUCACACAAGGAGCGCUUUGAUGAGUCGGGCAAAGGCAAAGGAAAGUCAGGGCGUCAGGACAUCCCAGACACCAGUGGAUUUGUGUCAGCUUAUAAGGGUAGUGGCACUUAUGAUGACAAAGUAAAAAAUGCAUAGCCAGAAUUAUGCCAACCAAUGUACUAACAAUUUUUCAGAGUAAAGAAAAGUCUAGAGCAUCAAUUUGAUGGUUUAUAGCAUGUAUAUAACAAGUUGUCUGUUACUUCAUAGGGACAAAAUAAAUGCCAUUUGCUUUCUAGUGUAACUAACUUUUGCUCUAUUAUCAUUCUGAUAUGUUAACAUGUGCCUUGGAUGCAGCCUCAUGUGCAAAUGUUCUGAUUUAUUGCACUGAUAUGCUAAGUUAUAGUAAAAAGAGAAGUAGGUUUCAUGAAGUGACGCCGCAACACUUUUACCUGCUAUGCUAAGCUUUAGGUGGAAAACCACAGCUUGUUACUCUACUCACAGAAUUAAAUACAGAUAUGUUAGAUUUAUAUUUUAUUUUAAUUAAGCAAGCAACUGAAAACUUUAAAUGACACUUUAAUGAUGAAAUGACAAUAAAUUCCACAGAGUAUUAUUUCAUUCUGUGUUGGUUCAGUGUGUCUUCCUUUUUAUUUUGAUAUAAAACUUUUGGUCAUGUGAUGUAUCAUUUCAUGUUGUUUGAUUUUAUUU